AUGAACCCGUACCUCUCUCUCCUCCUCCUCCUGGCCGCCGCCGCUCUGUGCCAGGGUGCGCCGCUGGCCGGGGAGCUGCGCUGCCGCUGCGUGCGGACCGUGUCCGAGGUGAUCCCGCCGCGGCGCCUGGCCCGCCUGGAGUUCCUCGCCGAGGGGCCGCACUGCGCCGUGCCCGAGGUCAUAGCCACGACGAAGAAGGGACUGACCAUCUGUCUGGACCCCGUCGCUCCCUGGGUCAAGCUCCUGGUCACCAGGAUCCUCCGUAGCUCAGCCAACAAGCUGUGCAUGAGGGAAGGAACUCCUCGGAAUGAAGUUACCUGUUUGCCACAAGAUCCCAGGAAACAGAUGCUGUGA